AUGUUCGCCCCACGGCGGAUUAGGCUGCUUGUUAUAGCCGCAAUACUCUUCCUCGUCGCGGUCUUCUACUACUCGGGCGAGGCCGGCACGAUACAGAACCAGAGAUUCUACCGAUCGACAGUCGCGGCGAUAGAGGCGCAUAGGGAAGCAAAAGCCGCCGGGACGAAAAACCAUGUGCAGCCGCAGAAUCCGACACCCGCGAAACCAGUCGAGGCGGAGAUAAAGCCCCUGCCGAAGGAGGAUGAGCAGGUCAAGGCGGCGAUUCCCAAAGAGGAGGGCCAGGAGACGGAGGAGAUACCGAUCGCGGGACGGACGAAGAUGACGGUGCCCAAGAAACAAGACCAAGAUGCGCCGAAGAAGGAACCUGCCAAAGCACCGGCUGACGAUGACUCGGAAGCGAAGAAUGAGCUGAAUGCGAUUCUAAAGCGGUCACCCAGUAUGUUGCUGUGCUCUAUGGUUUAUCUUCCCCCCAUGUUUUCUACGUUUGAAGCGCUGACGUAUGCUCUUAUCACGCGCACAGUCGUCAUCUUUUCCAAGUCGUAUUGCCCCUACAGCAAAAGGGCAAAGUCCAUUCUCUUGGAAAAGUAUACGAUAGUACCUGCGCCGCAUGUGGUCGAACUCGAUCACCAUGCACUAGGGAGGCAACUCCAGUCGCUGCUUGGGAAGAAUACAGGUCGAACAACUGUACCCAACGUACUCGUCAAUGGGAAGAGCAUAGGCGGUGGCGACGACGUGACAGCGCUCGACGAGAAGGACGAGCUUGCUUCCACGCUGAAGAACUUGGGUGGGAAAUGGAUACAGGAGGUCAAUCACAAGAACCAAGAUACGCCGGCAUCGUAA